AUGUCGGGGCAGGUCGUGUCAGCAGUUGCUGCCACCAAGGUGCCCGAGGUGGAGCUGAAGGACCUGAGUCCCCUGGAUCCCGAGCCGCAGCUCCGGAUGAGCGCGGCAGCCGUGGCCGCCAUGGCCCCUCCGGCGGGCGCCGGGGACCCCGAAACUCCGGCCCCAGCCCUGGCUCCGGCCCCGGUCGGCCCCAACCCCGGACCCGCCAUUCUCAGCCCUGCCGACGCCCCUCCAGCCGGGAAGGUGCCACAGGCGUCGGCCAUGAAGCGAAGCGACCCGCAUCAUCAGCACCAGCGACAUAGCGAGGGCGGUGAGGCCCUGAUCAGCCCUGACGGCACAGUCACUGAGGCGCCUCGCACGGUCAAGAAGCAGAUCCAGUUUGCUGACCAGAAGCAGGAAUUCAACAAACGUCCCACCAAGAUUGGACUCCCCCCUCUGUCCCGUUCCAUCUCUCAAUCAUCUACUGAUAGCUACAGUUCAGUGGCUUCAUACACAGAUAGUUCUGAUGAUGAGACUUCUCCACGGGACAAGCAGCAAAAGAACUCCAAGGGAAGCAGCGACUUCUGUGUCAAGAAUAUCAAACAGGCAGUGUUUGGCCGGCGAGAGAUUGAGAUCGCAGAGCAAGAGAUGUCAGCACUGAUGGCUUUGAAGAAGAGAGCUCAAGGAGAGAAACCUUUGGCUGGAGCCAAGAUUGUGGGCUAUACUCAUAUCACUGCUCAGACAGCGGUCCUCAUGGAGACUCUGAGUGCUUUAGGGGCCCAGUGUCGAUGGGCUGCCUGUAAUUUCUACUCUACCCUCAAUGAAGUGGCUGCUGCUCUUGCAGAAAGUGGAUUUCCUGUCUUUGCUUGGAAAGGAGAAUCAGAAGAUGAUUUCUGGUGGUGCAUUGACCGCUGUGUGAAUGUAGAAGGGUGGCAGCCCAACAUGAUCUUGGAUGAUGGAGGGGCCCUAACCCAUUGGCUUUACAAGAAGUAUCCCAACAUGUUCAAGAAAAUCAAGGGUAUAGUGGAAGAGAAUGUUACUGGAGUUCAUAGACUGUACCAGUUAUCCAAGGCUGGGAAGCUGUGCAUGCCAGCCAUGAAUGUCAAGAAGUUUAACAACCUGUAUUGCUGCCGGGAGUCCAUUCUUGAUGGGCUUAAAAAGACAACAGACAUGAUGUUUGGUGGGAAGCAAGUGGUAGUCUGUGGGUAUGGAGAGGUGGGAAAGGGGUGCUGUGCUGCCCUGAAGGCCAUGGGUUCCAUUGUGUACGUGACUGAAAUUGACCCCAUCUGUGCCCUGCAGGCCUGCAUUGAUGGAUUCCAACUUGUGAAGUUGAAUGGGGUCAUCCGGCAGGUAGACAUUGUCACCACCUGUACAGGUAAUAAGAAUGUGGUGACAAGAGAACACUUAGGCCACAUGAAAAACAGCUGCAUUGUUUGUAACAUGGGACAUUCCAAUACUGAGAUUGACGUGACAAGUCUUCAUACCCCAGAGCUGACCUGGGAGCGGGUGAGAUCUCAAGUUGAUCAUGUAAUCUGGACAGAUGGAAAGAGAAUAGUGCUCUUGGCAGAGGGCCACCUGCUGAACCUCAGCUGCUCAACAGUGCCUACAUUUGUGCUCUCCAUCACUGCCACCACUCAGGCUCUGGCCUUGAUAGAGCUUUACAAUGCCCCUGAAGGACACUAUAAACAAGAUGUCUACCUGCUGCCCAAGAAAAUGGAUGAGUAUGUGGCAAGCCUUCAUCUUCCCACCUUUGAUGCCCACCUGACUGAACUGACAGAUGAGCAGGCCAAGUACCUGGGCCUCCACAAGAAUGGGCCCUUCAAACCCAACUACUACAGAUAUUAAGUUCCUGUAACUGAAGCCAGAAGACAUUUUAAGGAACAGGACCCCAAUUCUUUUCUCCUCUACUGUACAGGACAAAACCCAGCAAGCUGCUUCCCUGGUCAGAGCUGCCAGCCAUGCUCACCCCAUAGACCAUGUGUUAGAUUAUUUAUUUAUUAAAACUAGAAUCCUGUGCACUCA